AUGGAGCACCCCAUCCCCGGGGGGCUGCGGGGGGAGAAGGAAGAGGAGGAGGAGAGGGUGCUGGUGUCGGAGCACAGCUGGAGACCCUGCCCCACCGCCCGGAGAAGGGUCCGAGGGUGCUUGGAGUGGGUGAAGCGGCAGCUAUUCCGCGUCGGGGAGGAUUGGUACUUCCUCUUCAUCCUGGGGGUCCUCAUGGCCACCAUCAGCUUCACCAUGGACAUCAUCAUCACCAGGCUCCACGCAGCUCACAUGUGGUUGUACCGAGAGAUCGGGGACAUCGGGGUGCUCAAGUACCUCUCAUGGACCCUGUACCCCAUGGCACUGGCCGCCUUCUCCACCGGCUUCUCCCAGAGCAUCACCCCGCAUUCCGGAGGUUCCGGCAUUCCGGAGCUGAAGACCAUCCUGAUGGGCGUGGUGCUGGAGGACUACCUGGCCAUACAGAACUUCGGAGCCAAGGUGGUGGGGCUGACCUGUACACUGACGUGCGGCAGCACCGUUUUCCUCGGGAAAGUGGGUCCCUAUGUCCACCUCUCUGCUAUGGCUGCAGAGUAUCUGGGGAAGAUGAGGACCACGGUCGUGAGGGAGUAUGAGAACAAGUUCAAGCAGCACGAGAUGCUGGUGGCAGCUCAAGCCGUCGGGGUGGCCACAGUCUUUGGGGCGCCCAUCAGCGGGGUGCUUUUCAGCAUCGAGGUGAUGUCCCCCCACUUUGCUGUGCGAGAUUACUGGCGCGGCUUCUUCGCUGCCACCUGUGGUGCCUUCAUGUUUCGGGUCCUGGCUGUGUUCAACAGCGAGCAAGAAACCAUUGCUGCUGUUUUUAAGAGUGACCUCAAGAUUGAUUUUCCCUUUGACCUCCUGGAGACCUUGUUUUUUCUGAUUUUGGGGACCAUCUGUGGAAUCAUGGCCUGUGCUUAUCUCUUCUGCCAGCGCUGGAUGAUGGUGGCCGUUAAGAAGAACCGGCUGACAGCCAAGCUCUUGGCCACUGACAAAUCCGUGUACACGGUUCUGGUGGUGCUGCUCCUUGCCUCCAUCACCUUCCCGCCCGGGCUGGGGCAGUUAAUGGCCUCCAGGCUCACCAUGAAGGAGUAUCUCACCUCCCUCUUUGACAACCGCACGUGGGGAUUGCUGGCCCUCAACGCCUCGGGGGUGGCCAAGCCUGGGGAGCUCUGGCAGGAGUGGGACCAUCCCUCUGCCACCAUCUAUGGCACCUUGACCUUCUUCCUGCUCAUGAAGUUCUGGAUGCUGAUCCUGGCCACCACCCUGCCCCUCCCAGCUGGGUACUUCAUGCCCAUCUUCAUCUAUGGCGCAGCCAUCGGGCGCCUGAUGGGGGAGGUGGUGGCCCUGCUUUUCCCACGGGGGCUCUAUUCAGAAGGACCCCCACGGCCCAUUAUUCCUGCUGGCUAUGCCCUGGCUGGAGCAGCUGCGUUCUCGGGCUCGGUGACCCAUGCAGUGUCCACGGCCCUCCUGGUGUGCGAGGCCACCGGGCACCUGGGCCACAUCCUGCCCACUGUGCUGGCUGUGCUGGUGGCCAAUGCCAUCAGCCAGAAGAACCAACCGUCCUUCUAUGAUGCUGGCAUCAUUGUCAAGAAGCUGCCCUACCUGCCCCCCAUCCGCAGCCGGCACAUCGCCUCCUAUCGAGUGGUGGUGGAAAAGUUCAUGGAGCGCCAGGUGGUGGCCUUGGCCAAGGGGGAUGGUUUCCAGGAGGUGCUGGUGGCCUUGGAUGCCUCUGCCGAUGCCGAGUACCCCGUGGUGGAGAGCACAGGAUCCCCCACUCUGGUGGGCACUGUCAGCAGGUCUCAGCUGGUCACCUUCCUCCAGAGCCCCGAGCAUCCCCAGGCUCCCCAAGGGGAGAAGCUGGCCAUCACGGGGACACUCGGGGACAACUGCGCCAUCGAGCCCAUCAUGCUCCAGUUCUCCCCGUGGACCUCCUUGCACCAGGCCUAUCACCUCUUCCAGCUGCUGAAACUGCAGCGAGUCUUUGUCACCCACUCUGGGGAGCUGGUGGGAGCCGUGAGCAGAGCGGAGCUGCGGAGAGCAAUCGAAGACCUUGCCAACCCCAAGUGA